UGCAUCCUGUCCAUUCAUCGGCUCAGAGUCAGCAAUUCAUUUGGGUGCUCUCACUUUUUACCAGGCAGUUUCACUUCCACAAAUCAAAUCACAGUACAAUCAAAAUCUUUAAAAUUGUUUUCUUUCUGGAAAAUUGGAAUUUUUACCAUUACUUUGUUACAUUACUAUGUUGUUAUUUUUUAUUUCUGUUUUCCCAGGAUUUGGAGUAUGAUUUUAAAGCUCAUUACUUUUGAAAAGUCUUCUAUGGAAAAACAAGGAAACCAAUUCAUAGCUGGGACAAAGUUCAGCCAGAGGGACACCUUUAGAGAAUCCUGAUCUCUAGUUUCUGUCUGAAAACGCAUGCAAAAAGAUUAAGGAGGAGCUCCAAUCCACAUUAAUCAGCCAUACUUCAAUCCUUACAUUGAUCAAAAUAAUCCUGGAAAAUGGUUGGAUUUGGACCUGCAUAUGUGCCCCCAUCAGAAGCUGUUAAAUUUGUAGGAGCAGGAACUUCAGCCUGUAUUGCUGACCUGCUUACCUUUCCCCUGGACACAGCCAAAGUGCGACUGCAGAUCCAAGGGGAGGCCAGAGCCUCAGCAGCUGCAGGGAAAGGGUUUGCAGUGAAGUAUCAAGGAGUGUUUGGCACCAUCACCACCAUGGUGCGUACAGAGGGGCCAAAGAGUCUUUACAGUGGACUGGUGGCAGGGCUCCAGAGGCAGAUGAGCUUUGCCUCUGUCCGCAUUGGUCUCUACGACUCUGUAAAACAGUUCUACGCUAAAGGCUCUGAUCAUGUAGGCAUCGGCAGUCGGCUGCUUGCGGGAUGUACCACAGGUGCCAUGGCGGUUGCUUUUGCUCAGCCCACAGAUGUGGUUAAAGUCCGCUUCCAGGCACAGGCCAGGUCCUCUGGGCACGCCAGACGCUACUGUAGCACCAUUCAUGCUUACAAGACCAUUGCUAAGGAGGAAGGCAUUCGUGGUCUAUGGAAAGGUACAGCUCCAAACAUUGCACGUAAUGCAAUUGUCAAUUGCACAGAACUGGUGACAUAUGACUUCAUCAAGGACACGCUUCUUCAGUCCACUCCCCUGACAGACAAUCUGCCCUGCCACUUUGUGUCAGCCUUUGGUGCAGGGUUAUGCACAACAGUCAUUGCCUCUCCAGUUGAUGUGGUCAAGACAAGAUAUAUGAACUCUGCUUUUGGCCAGUACAGCAGUGUCCUCAACUGUGCCUCUGCAAUGAUGACCAAAGAAGGACUGCUUGCCUUUUAUAAAGGGUUCAUGCCAUCUUUCUUACGCCUGGGCUCCUGGAACGUGGUGAUGUUUGUAACAUAUGAGCAGCUGAAACGGGCCAUGACGGCAGCGAAUCACAACUGCACAACUAUACUGUAAUCAUUAUUGGCUGGCAGAGGGCUGAUGUGAUAGCACAGCGAUGUUGUUUACACAUUUCUUUACUUUUUGUUGCCUCCUAGUAUAUAUUUCAACUCAAAUUAUCAAAGUUAUACAAAUUGUGUUUAAACUGACAAUUACAUACAUUUAAUAGUUUAGCAACACAUGUAUUAAAAUGUGAUCAAUA